AUGGAAAUCUUUAGAGGUCUGCAUUCCAAAAGGUUGGUUCUAAAUUUCCGGUUCCAUGCAUGUCAUUAUCUAGCAACCGGACAUCUGGUGAAUGCUCAACCUCAGAUUUCACGGUGUCGAGCGGUGAAAGUGCGUCGCAUAGAAGUUCUUAUUCUCUUUUCAGGACCAUCAUUAUCAAAAAUACCCUCGGAAAGUGCCGUAAAGAAAAGUAGCAUUUCUGACCUACGGCUUGUUCCACCCUUAUUAAAAGGCCGAGUUACAUCUACUGUUGACGGUCCCACUCUGACCGCCAAGUUCAGGGACU